ACACAAUUUAUAUGAUAGGGAAAAAAAAAUAACAACAAAAAACCCCGGAACUUAAUUAUGUUACAAAGCAACAUAAUACGUGUUUGUGCAUUGAUGUGUAAACGAAGGUAAAAUAUAGAGAAUAAUGGCGGAUAAAGCAUAUGAGUAUGAUCUCUUCAUAAUUCAUAGCUCUGAAGACUCUGCGAAAGCUACAGAGUUGAUGAUGGACCUGGAAAACAGAUUUACAAUGAAGUGUUGUUUUGCGGAUCGGGAAUUCCUUCCAGGAACUGAAAUUAUAGAAAACAUAACAAAUUUUAUGGAUAAGUCGGAUAGAAUUUUAAUGUUGAUAAGUCCAGCAUCUGUAAACAGUGGUUGGUGUUGGCAGGAAUUACAAGAAGCCUUUAGAAAGAAUGUCCAGGAGAAACGGAAUUGUAUUAUUCCAGUUCUGCUAGAAGAUACGGAGGUACCAAAACUAUUACGGAACAUAACAUACAUAGAUUUUCAAAAAGAGACAGAUACCGCCGAAAAAAUACACAAAGUAUUUCAACAUGUUCAACAUCAAUCGAAAUGGGAUGAAUGGCUUACUACUAGUAAGAGUAGUUUGGAUUAUCAUGAAUUGCCAAUUAUUCCAUUUGACAACUCAGUUACUGAUGACGAGGAAUACACUGAUUUGGAAGAAAGUCUAGAAUUUAUGAAAGAAGAAACACAAGUAGCAACCCUUCAGGGGUAUUUUGAUGAAGCAUUAAGUAAAAAGGAUUUAAAACGUUGUCAGUGUAUUUUGGAGAAUGUUCAUACUCAACUAAGUUUGAAUAACCUUUUGAACUUUUGUCUAGAUUUACUUAAAGAAGAAUACAAUGAAGAGUUAGUCGAGCUGGUAUUCAAGAAGCUUGACCAUGGUCUCUCCCCGACUGAUUAUAAGAACUGUUACCGAGCCGCCUGUUGGAGAGACAUUCCGUGUCUUGUCGCUGAAUUCAACAAACUGGGAUGCCAGAAACUUCUGAAUGCUUCUUUCGUAUGUGGCAUUAUUUUGGAUAUGAAACUUGUAAAUUCUACGGUGGAGAAUGUCUCGCUCUCCAACAUUUUGAAAGGCACGAAGUGGGAUUACGGAGACCUUAAGCUAUUUCUAGACAAAGCAAUUUCUACAAAAAACAUAAAGAUACUUGAAAUUUUGCUUUCACUCAUUCCCAUUAUACCAUUCAAACAGUUUUCUCAGUUGAUUUUAAUUAUGGAUGAAGAAACUUGCAUUGAGUUACUGCAGAGAGAAAAAUACGAAGAUCAAAACAGCUUAGAAGAAGCUUUAUUUCAAGCGUGUAUCGGGGACAUGAAAAAAUUGACGGAAGAGAUCUUAAAGCAAGGAGUAAAACUGCACCCAAAUUUCCUAUCCAAGGCUUUUAGUUUCGGAAUAGUAGAAAUUUUAAUUCUUAACUACCGAUGGAGUUUAAGUGAACUGAAAGAAAUGGAGAAUUUUUUGAAGGGGCCAAAAUGCAGAAGAUUGCUUCGAACCGAGAUCCAAAAACUCUCGAGUGUCUCCACUGAUAAAUGUACAGUUUUGUAUGAAAGAAGUGCAAGUUUAUGUGCUAAAGAAAAGUUUUCACAACAAAACAUGAUUUUUCCUAAUUAUGACAACUAGACGUGAGCACUAGUAUAUUGUUGUGAGAAUACGGGUAAUUAACGUUGAAGUAAGCAAAGUCAUCAGCUGGUCACUGCAGUAGUUCUAUGAUUAGUUUUGGAAUCUCGGCACUCUAUCUGAUAACUGUAUAGAUGCGAAAUGAUUUAAAAAAAACGACCGAAAGAAGAAGAAAAGCGGUGCGUCAAUAAACCGUAAUUAUGAAAUCAAGUCUCUGCCAAAUGCACAUCAUUUAUUCAAAUCAUUCAAAAGAAUAAUUCAAAGAAAUAAAUUU